ACACAUAAAAGAGGUCUAAUUUUGGGAUUACACAACAGAGUGGACACUAGACAAAAAGUGUGAGUGGAGCCAUUGGCAGACACAUAAGAGGAGAAAUGGCUAAAUACUUGUUGGAUUAAGCCCACAUUUUAGCCCAUAAUUUUGCAACCCAUUAGACACAUAAAAGAGGUCUUUUGGGAUGAUGCUAUAGGGUUGACAAUACAUGAGAGUGGAGCCAAUCGCAAAAAAGGGGAAAGAAAACAAGGGAAAAUUUGGGGGGAUCCAUAGCUCCCUGGCUGCUCUGAGUAUUGCAUCCAAUCACCACGCCCAGAUAAUUGCGAGCUUAGAUAUUUUCACACAGCAUGGCAACUAUUCUGUCCGCUCUGGCUACCAUUGUGUGAUGAAUAUGCAGAGGGAUAUGGAUGUUCCUGGUAGCUCAUCUGUGGCUUUUGGUGGUAAUAAAAUAUGGGACCUCAAUAUUCCAGGUAAAAUAAAGUUUUUUACCUGGAGUGCCUAUUGUAAUGUGCUUCCCACUAAGGAAAAUCUGCAGAAGAAGCGUGUACAGUAUGGCAUGGCAGCCCUCUUAACCUUCGUGUAUCUGAGUUCCCUUUUAGUUCCUUUGCAGAUUUUUUUUGAUAUUAUGAGUACUAACUUAGAGAGGGAACAAUUGGAACUCUUAUGUACACUGAGUUGGAAGUUUUGGAAUGGUCGAAAUGAUGCUCAAUGGAACAGUAGAACGGUACAACCUCAGCAGAUCAUUGAGGGGACCAUGAAAUAUCUAGGGGAACAUAAGAGAGCACAAGAAUCACUGGGCAGAGGAUCUGCAGCGGUCCAACGACAUAGUGAGACAAGGUGGCAUCCGCCUGAUGAGGGGACCAUUAAAAUAAAUGUUGAUGGUGCCAUAGCGGAACAGCAUCGAGUGUUUGGCAUGGGCGCAGUGGCCCGCGAUCACCAUGGAGACGUCUUGGCAACCAUGGCCUGUCAAGGGAAGGAUGUGGUGGUUGCAGAGCUUGCUGAAGCACACAGUGUUCGGCAUGCGCUGCGGUGGGCUAACGAACUCAACCUGGGGAAAAUCAUCAUUGAGACAGAUUGUGCAAGUAUUGUCACUGCUCUUUUAUCUGAUAUUGCUUUGAACUCAGAAUUGGGCAAUAUCCUAUCUGACUGUAAAUCGAUGAUGGCGUCUUUCCCAUACUGCCACGUACAGCACACCCGUCGAACUGGAAAUGCUGUGGCUCAUGAACUGGCAAAGAGGGCACUACAAGCAGAGGGAAAUGAAUUUUUUCUCAAGGAAUAUUCCUCCCCGCCCCGUCCCUGUGACGGGGAUCCCCGCGAGACCCCGUGGGGAUUGGGGAAAUUGCCAUCCCUACGGGUCUUUGGAAAUGGUGGGAACCCUCGCCACAGUUUCGCUGAAAUUUGUAAGAAAGUAAGGGGAAGAAAAGCAAAAUCAACUAAGACACUAGCUGCAGCACUCCCAGCAGAACUCAGCCACCAAUUUUCACUAGCUGAGCUCAAAGCAGCCACUAACAACUUUGAUAACAGUUUGAUGACGGGUAAAGGUAGUUUUGGCUAUGUACACAGGGGGCUUAUUGAUGCCAAGGUUGUUGCUGUCAAAUGCCACAGUCAGUCUAAUUAUGAGUUCCAAGCCGAGCUGUUGGUGCGGCAGUCGAUGACCAAAAAAGGCGGAGAUAAGUUUCGAACUGAGAUGCAGUUGCUCUGCCAGCUACGCCACCAGAAUCUCAUCUCCCUUAUCGGGUUUUGUCAAGAGAAAGAUGAAAGGAUCCUUGUCUAUGAAUAUAUGACCCAUGGAUCAUUAUGCGAUCAUCUUCGUCCGAAUGCUCAUGACCCACUCCCAUGGAAGCAGAGGCUAGAGAUAUGCAUUGGAGCAGCGCGUGAAUUACAUUACCUUCAUUCAGGCGCCAACCAAGCUUGUCCCAGUAGCAGCUCAAAGCCGAAGGCUUCGACACAAACAAAAUCAGAGAUUGCAGGUACGUAUGGCUAUAUGGCUCCAGAGUAUCGCAUCAAUGGUGAACUCACAGAAAAAUGUGAUGUGUUUUCACUAGGUGUUGUUUUGUUUGAAGUAUUAUGUGGAAGAUUGGCAUAUGAGUUAAUAAGUUUGGACGAGAAUCUAGAGAAUCUAGUUCCUUUGUACUUUAAAAGGAUAGGAGCGGCUAGUAUUCAUGAUAUCAUCGAUCCACAUCUGAAAGGAAAGAUAGCACCAGUGUGUUGGACAGAAUUCGUGGGGAUCGCUUUCAGUUGUCUUCAUGCUGAGGCAAGUGAAAGACCUUCAAUGGGACAAGUAGAGGUGACACUAGAACUUGCCUUGGAGAAGCAGGAGAACGCCGACUCGGUUAUGAAGGGUGUCAAUCCUCACGGUGGCUAUGCUUGCGAAGAAAUAGCGUUUCAUGAAUUGGUUCCAGAUUGCAAAAGAAACCUUCUUGGGAACUGAAGCCGACGUGCUUGAACGAGCUAGAUGGCAGCUCUAAUGCUUAUUCAGACCAGGAGACAGAAUAUUGGAACUUGUCGGUUGGGGAAUGGAACUGGUCGGUUGGGGAGUGCUCGUUCAGUUCAUCUGAAGGAUUUGUAAGGUAUUGACUAUACUAUUCAAAUCAAAUUAAGGUUAAUUU